ACGCCACAACAACAGGCUCAGACAACACCUCAACCACAGCAACAGCCUCCUGGAAUGGUUCAGGCCAAUGGCCACGCUCCGCAACCAUCUACGAAUGGUCACGCUCCACCCAGUGCACCGAUGCAUCCUUUUCUCGGGCCAUGGGAGCCGUGUAUCAAAGGCAGCAUGGCCCAGUCUGAUCAGUUUACGCUGCAGGUCGGAAAAUACUUGUUUGACGAAAUGCUCGGUAGACCUGAAAUCGGUGUGGGCAACGCACACAAUGGCGCACUCGAGAUCGAGGCCAAGCUCGGCACCUUGGUCGCCAAAAGUACCGACCAGCGAGUGCAUUUGCCAGCGCAGAAUCCGGUGGUGCUUGAUCGCAACAUGUCUUCGCAGCUACGUUUCGAGAGCCACAUGACCGAAGCACAUCACAAACGGUUGAACGAAUUCUUGAAUCAGGCCGUGCAAGAGUCUGCGGCGAUUCCGGGGAGACACAGACUGGACUACAAACAUCGUUACGAGAUUGACUCGUUUGCACAACUCAGUGCUGCGGGACUGGAUGCGUUGCCAGAGUCGGCGUCGAGAUACCUCGAUCCAAACAGACAGCCGCGACUCCGGACUUCGAUCAACGAGCGAGCUCCACCGGGCACUGACCCAGUGAUUGCGCGCAUAGUCAAGAUUCGACUUGCGGAUCUCGACAUAUUCUGUCCCAAUUCACCGUUCGAUUGUCGAAUCAGUAUCAACAUAGAAGUGGACAUGCACCGACCUGGCCUGGAUCCCAGAGCGAUUGUGGAAGGAACAGAUACAAAGUUUGGGGAGCGCAAAAAGGACAGACUCAGCUACACGCACUCUGUGUACAGCGUGGAUCUAACCCAAGUCAAGGGGGCGGAUGGGCGCAAGAUUCACGAGCUUGAGAUUGAGGUGGAUGCUCUCAGGCUUCGAGAGCAGGCGGAGCGGGAAAGAGCAGGACAGCCUAGUGGAUUUGGGGACAUGGUCCAAGGAUUGGUCAACAACAUC